CCCACGUACCCUGAACGCAUCGCGGCUGGGAACGGUUGCUAGGCGACGUGUACACAGACCGCGGCGGACCCGGAUGGCGGCUCUCGGCGCUGACUGUGGCCGGGCCGCGGUGGCUUUCGGCCGACGGGCUGUGCCUCAGCUGUUCGGGGAGCUCCGGGAGGCCGAACGGAGGCUGCCGGUCCUCAACUCCCUCUGCGACCUGAUGCACGACCCGGACCGGAUCUGCCAGGCCGUCCGCGGAGGUUUUGUGGGUCACCUGAAGGAUCUGAUGAAGGAUGAAAAUCCAUCAGUCAGAACACAAACCUGUGAAUUACUUCACCUGAUCACCGCUCACAGCAUCGGCAGACAGGCCCUGCUGUCCUCGUCUCUCCUCCAUCCUCUGUGCCAGCUGAUGGACGACUCUGCGGUCUCCUGCAGGAAGAAAGUCCACCACGUUCUGAACCGCCUCGCUCUGCUCCAUUUAGGAGGUGCAGAGGCCCUGAUGACACAAGUUCCUAAAAUGAUGCUGAAGCUGAAAGAGGAGGAGGAGGAGGAGGAGGUACAGGUCCUGCUUCUGUCCACGCUGAGCUGCUGUUCCAGGCUGAACCCUGUGCCGGUCCUGUAUGCUGACGGUGUGUCUCUGCUGGGCUCCAGACUCGCUCACCGCUCCCCGGAUGUUCGCAGAGAGGCUGCUGCAGCCAUGAUGGCUCUCAGUGUGUCUGCAGAGGGGAAGCGGAGGGUUUGCGAGGAGGCGGUGCUUCCUGUCCUUAUCCGUCUGCUGAAGGAUGAAGAUGUUGAGGUUCAGACCAACGCUGCAGGAGUCAUCAUGAACACUGCCGUCAUCACCUCAGGGAAACAGCAGUGUGUGCAGCUGGGCGUCCUCCCUGUCCUCGUGUCUCUGGUGGCUGAGAUGGAGGAUGCAGCUGCAGGAAGGAGGAGGAAGGCGCUGGUGCUUUACUCUCUGCAGGCUCUGACCUCGCUGGCUGAGGCGCCGGACGCACGGCGCCCCCUGCUGGCGGAGCUGCCCACUCUGAGAAGGAGGAGUCAGGCACCAGAGGAGGACAAGGAGAUCCGCCAGACUACUCUGAAUGCCAUCCGGGUCAUUAGCUGGACUCCCUGAGAAGAGAAUGACCUCUGACCUC